AUGCGAUCACGUAUAAGCUAUUCUUGCUCUAACUGCAAGAAACGGAAAGUAAAAUGUGACAGAAGAAAGCCAAUUUGUACGUCUUGCGAGAAGAAUAGAAUACCAUCUCACUUGUGUAUAUACCAAGACUCUAAAUAUGCUUUGUCUGCUGCAAAGGAGAAGCAUACAAGGGAAAGGCAACAUCUGGAUGAGAUUCUCAGUUCAGAUACCAGUGGCGAUUCGAUGAACUUGGAAGAUUUUGUCUUCUUCAAACCUAAGUAUGACGCAUAUAGGUAUUUUGGUCCGACUAGCUGGAGAACAAUCUUAAAGCAGUCAUUGCAGGACUAUCCAAUAAUGUUAGAAAUUUCAAUUAAGACCCACGCUGAUAUAAAGAAAAUGGAAAGAAAGGAAACGAAGCAACCUUGCCCUCAAUACCCUAAAGAUAAGGAUGACUGUUGCUUGAUGCUAUCACGAAUUUUGCCAACAUACAAAGAAUGCUCGAAACUUUUAAGCUAUUUUCUCCAAUUGCCUGAGCUAUUCUUCAGCUGCUUCAAUGGCGACAAUGUUUUUGAAUACUUUAAGGAAGUAUUUGAAGUGGGAGCUGACUUUCGCAGUGUAUCUGUAGUGAAGAAUUGCAAUGAUAUCAAACUUAGCAUCGUGCUUAGCAUACUCACCAUCUCAUCCUUCAUUCACAGUGAGAGCAAACUUGAAGCUUCUAAUUUGAUUAUCAUUGCAAAAUGGCUCGCACGAAGCACAGAAUUGAAACUUUCCAUGCCAAAUCUCUGGGCAUUGAUGUUACUUCACGAAUUAAAUAAAUAUGAAUAUGAUUUUGAUACAGACAGCGAAAUGCCCACAGAACUGAUAUCGUUGUCUAUGAUUGUCACUUUCGCCACAAGUUUGGGACUUGGAAGAGACAUCGAGGCAAUUCAUGAUGGAAAUGAACACUACAUCGAGUGUCUCAAUAAUGCUUGGAAGUAUAUUUUGUUUGAAGACACCUUAAGAAGUUUCCGAAUGGGUUUUCAGCCAAUGAUUCGAGAUGAUUAUGUUCAACACAAUCUACUCGAAAAUGACCGCAGAAACUAUAAACAAAGGAUCAAGACUCUUCGGGCUGUGAAUGACAUGGUUAAUCUGUAUCAAACAGCCAAAAUGGUGAACCUCAACUAUGCAAUCGAUCGAAUAAAAUCACUCGUAAUAAUGGACAAUCAACAAGAAAUGGAUAGCUUACUGGAACAGGCAUAUCUUCGACUAAUUGACCUAACUUACAUACAUAGUUUGCAUUAUAUUCAUUUCUUGAAAUUUCAAACGGAAAACAACAAAAUAGAGUUAUUUAAGUCCUCACUCUUGUUGUUUGUUGCUACGAACAGUAUGAUCAAUGAAUUGCCAACAGGUCUGGUUCAUUGUUUUGUUCCGUACAUUGUCGAGAUUAGAGAAGCAUUACUCAGAAGUACGGUUUUCUUUUUGCAUAAGGCUCUAAUUUUAUUAGUCAACUAUGAAACCAUUAAGAAACAAAGCAAACAAUAUAACUUGAAUGAAUUGUUGACGGUUAAAGGGGUGAACGAAUUCCUUGAGCAAGACACCGAAAUGAUCAACUCCUAUUUGAACGACGUAUACUGGAUUGUUAAGAUCAUCACAGAUCAUUGUUGCGAAGCAUUUCUCAAACUCAGUACAGUCAAUUCUGCUGCAAAGUCAACAUUGGUUUUUAUUAAUCACGUAUUGGAUCAUAUUGCACAUGAGCUAGAAUCUAUCGACAAGACCAAUGUGAAUUUGGUAUUUUCAGACGUGUUUGCAUUGGAGGAAGCAGAUAAGGUCUUGCCACCAACAGAAUUAGAUUUCUCUGAAUUUGAAAAAGGUGAAUUGUGGGCUUUCUUUGGAUAG